AUGGAGACCGGUGGUUUGACUCGAAAUGGUCUCCUGGUUGUUUUCUCCAUUUGUCUGGGAGUGAUUUCUGGAACUCCUAUCGGUACUUCAGUCAUAAAUUGUAACGGUGGUAGCAAUGGGGAUGUGGGUGUAGUGGAUGAAGGAUAUGAAGGGGAUGUGGAGUUGUUUACUGGGAUCACUGCAGGAAGUGGUGUGCAGCUGGUCCCCCACAUCUUCGAUGAACACCUGGAGUAUCUGGAGCUGAGCUUCACGCUCGGGGACACCAGCGCGACUGUUCGCACCAAGAAGCCGCUGGACGCUGACACACUGACAGGCAGUGACAGAACCUUGUAUUACAAUGUCAGGUGUGACGGUGUCAUUAAGUAUGACAACCUCAGGGAGCUAAAACUGAACGACCUGAAUGACAAUGGUCCUGUAUUCGAUCAGAACCACUACAGCACCAACGUCUCUGAGACGACACAACUGGACACUGAGGUUCUUCGUGUGACCGCUGAGGACGCCGACAGCACCUCGACAAACAACAGACUCACAUACUCCUUCACGCCAGCUUCAGAGGACUUUACGUUGACUAACUCCGGGGCUUUUAUUUUGAAGAGACGGCUGAACUACAAUUUAGUCCAACAGUAUAACUUCGUUGUGACGGCUCAGGAUGUCGGGGGCUUGAAUGACUCUGCCACCGUGGUGAUAAACGUGGUGGACUUUGAUAACUUGAACCCUUAUUUCAGUCACAGCAUGUACCAAGCUGUGAUCCCAGAGAACCAGGUCGGGCCUUUUGGCAGCAUAGAGCCGGAGCCGAUAAAGGCUCAGGACGGAGACACUGGGAUCAACGUAACGGUGUCCUACAGAAUCAGUUCAGUCUCUCCGGACGAGUACGAGGGAAACUUUGAGAUCGACUCCAGCAGUGGAGUUGUGUCUGUGCUGACUGCGUUAGACAGAGAGGAGAUAAACACCAGAGUGAUCUCUGUCAGCAUCAAGGCGGCUCAGACAGACGACAGCUUGAAGACAGCAGACGCCGUGGUGUCUGUGACUGUUGAGGAUGUGAACGAUAAUCCUCCAGAGUUCGGCCAGCCGGACUACUCCAUAACACUUCAGGAGAACUCUCCUGCCGGUGCCGUCGUCCUUAAAGCCACCGUCAGCGACCCGGACGAGGGAGGAUUUGUUGGAACUUUACGGGUCCUUCCAGAGUCCGCUCCUUUCUCUGUGGAUGCUGAUGGGACAGUUCGAGUGGAGAACUCCUCAGCUCUGGACCGAGAGACCGCUGAACACAUCACAUUUCAGAUUGAAGCCAGGGAGUCAGAAACACCAAACAAUGUUGUACUGGCAGAUAUCAACGUCACUCUCUUGGAUGAGAACGACAACAGUCCAGUGUUCACCAGCGACACGUACGAAGGAAAGGUGUUCGCCAAUCAGACAGUGGGUUUGCUGCUGGUCCAGGUUAAUGCAGAAGAUGCAGAUGCUGGUCCAAACGGCCGAGUCAAAUACUCCAUUGUGUUUGGAAACAACGACGAUUACUUCUCUAUCGGAGAGGACAGCGGAGAGAUCACGCUGGCUAAAACCAUUCCUCUGGUGGAAAACCAGAUUCUGGAGUUUCCUCUUUACAUAACGGCCAGAGACGAGGGCGUCAUACCCCGCUCCACCUCAGCAAAGGUGAACAUUCAAGCUCCUGGUGACUCCAAACCUCAGUUUUUACAAAGGGUCUACCACAGCACCAUAGAAGAAGAGCAGGACCCAGGAGUUUUGAUUGUCAGGGUGAACUUCCUCGCAGCAGGAGAGAUCCCUGUGACUCUCACAGUCGAUACAGACGCCGACAAGUUCGCCAUCUCCCCUGAAGGAGAAUUGACCACCAAGGUGAAGCUGGACUACGAUGAGUCUUCACACAACUACUCUGUGGGAAUCUCCAUCUCUGACGGCACCAACAGCGACAGUGCCGUGGUGGAGGUGCAGGUGACUGACGUCAAUGAUAACAGUCCUGUUUUCAGCCCCAGCUCCAUCACAGAGUCAGUCCCAGAGGACGCAGAGGUAGGAUCCAACGUGACUGCUGUUCCAGCUACAGACAAAGACAGCGGCUUCAACAAGGAGCUCAGAUACUCUUUAAGAGGAGGAGAGGGGAGGUUCUCUGUGGAUCCUCUGUCUGGGAUGGUGAGUGUGGCAGCUGGACUGGACAGGGAGACCAAAGCAGAGUACCAACUGCUCGUGGUGGCUGAAGAUCAGGGUCGUCCGACCAGGUCUGCCACAGCCACGCUGCUGGUCCGAGUGUCCGACAUCAACGAUAACGCCCCCGUGUUCUCAGCGGCCGAGUAUCAGGCUGAAGUGUUGGAGACGGAGUCAGUGGGUACGAGCCUGCUCACCCUAACAGCUGGAGACCCCGAUGAAGGAGCCAAUGGGAGAGUUAGUUUCAGUAUCCUCCAGCAGAGUCCCUCAUCAGACCCUGCUGCUUUUGAGCUGGACUCUUCCAACGGGACUCUGCGGCUGGCUCAGACUCUGGACUACAGCCGGGUGAAGGUGUACAGUCUGAUAGUUCAGGCCUCUGAUGGAGGGAUUCCCUCUCUCACGGGGAACAGCUCUGUGGUGGUGAAGGUGAAAGACGUGAACAACAACCCUCCUGAGUUCAGUCAGGAAAGAUACGACGUGGUGGUCUCUGAGAACCUGCCCAGUGGAGCGUCCAUCCUGACCCUGGAGGUCACUGACAGAGACGAGGGUGGAUUCUCUCACGGUCACUUCCUGUUUACCAGCGAUACCUUCGACAUUAACAAACAAGGCGUGGUCUCUCUGAGGAAGGACGUCAGCUUGGACAGAGAGACAAACGACAGCUACCUAAUACAGGUGCGGGCGGUGGAUCAGCCCACAGCAGGUCUGACAUCCACAGCUCAGCUCAACAUCACCGUCCUGGACUACAACGACAACGCCCCAGAGUUCCCGGUUCUCCCAGACCCCCUACAGAUCCUGGAGGGCGACUACUCAGAGGAAACUCCAGGAGAAGUUUUCACCAUCGUGCCCACAGACGCCGACCUCGGCCCCAACGGGGAGGUCACCCUCUCCCUCUCUUCGCCUCACCCGCUCUUCAGAUUGAGAGAGGACGGGACGCUGCUGGCUGUGGGACCUCUGGAUCGAGAGAGCAGGGAGACGUUUGAGCUUUUGGUGAAGGCCUCUGAUAAAGGCCAGCCGCAGAGAGAGACUUUCACCUCCGUCAGAGUGAGCCUCAUCGACGUCAACGACAACACACCUGAGUUCAGCUCCAGCAGCUACGUCAGCAGCAUCCUGCUUAAAGACGCAGAGGAGGGGAAAGAGCUGCUGAGGCUGUCCGCCUCUGACAGAGACUCAGGGAACAACUCACUGAUCACCUACAGUUUCUCUGAAGGAAGUUCUCCAUAUUUGGCCCUAAACAGCCAGACAGGAGCUGUGACUUUGACCUCUGACCUCGCUGACAUCACUGAAGACAUCACACUGGUGCUGACGGCCAUGGCUGAAGACAACGGCCAGCCUCCGCUCAACUCCACAGCCCGUGUCGUGGUGAAUCUAAGGGUUGUCAGUCUGGUGGAGGGCGUAGGCUUCAGGAACCCCACCUACAACUUCAGUCUGCCUGAGAACCGGCCUGAGGGGACGACAGUGGGGACAGUCUGGGCCUUUACAGGAAGUGACCUUUACGAUGUUUCCUACGAGCUGAAGACAGACACCGACCUGUUCUCCAUCAGCGCCGGGGGAGCCAUCGUGACCAGAACCCCUCUGGACCGAGAGAAGCAGGAGUGGUACUUCCUGGACGUGGAGGCAGUGGACACCAGGACUCCCCCUACAUCAGCCACCGCACUGGUCAGAGUUCAGAUCGAGGAUGUGAACGAGCCUCCCGAGUUUUCCCCUGAAGAUUAUGAAGCUAUGGUUUUCAGCAUCGCUCCAUAUAAAACGCCUGUCAUCACAGUCAAGGCUUCAGAUCCUGACGUCGGUGAAGAGGGUCAGCUGGUCUACAGUCUGUCAGACAGGCAGUACUUCGAUAUAGAUCCGUCCUCAGGUGUGGUGUACGUGGUGUCAGCAGUGGCUCUGGCCGGAGAGUCUGUCACCCUGCAGGUGAAGGCCACAGACCCCAGAGGACUCCAUGCUACGACCAAGGUGGAGGUGGAGGUGCAGGGAAGUGCAAGCAGCAGUGACGUGGUCGUCAUCUCCCUGAACCUGCCCGCCAACACGGUGGAGGAGAAGGUCCCGGAGCUGGAGAAGUCUUUGAGCUCAGUUCUGGACUGGACCGUGAUCAUCAUCGAGGUGUCGUCUGCAAACGGAGGAUCGUCAGAGUCCAGAUCUGUGAGAGCAGAGACGAGGACUUUAGUCAGCUUCAUCAGUGAGGACGAGGAGGGGGUGGUUUCCUCUGAAGAAGUCACAAAGAAGCUGCAGAGCCAAUCAGCUGCUGUGACGGCGGCGCUCGUCAAAGUGUUUGGGGAGGAGCUUCAUUUCGACAUCGAGAUAGAGCCUCAAAGCCCCGCCUCCAACCAGGCUGCUGUCAUCGCUCUGGGCGUCCUGUUGGCCCUGAGCAUGCUGGGAUUGAUCGUAGCUGUGGUCUUCAUCGUCAGGUUCAAGAUGUCGGACAAAUCCGAUAACAGUUCCGACAGAGAGAGCUUCGACAUCGGCCGUCGUAACGAAGGUUACACGAACGGGUCCGCACCGAACCCCGACACCAAGGAAACCUCCGAACAGGGAGACACGAGGAGAGCCGAGGACCGGCUGACGGCUGAGAGAGUGAAGACGGGCAGCGUCGGUGUGAAAUUCAAAGGGGACAGGAAGACGGACGAUGACGACGAAGACGACUUCUCUUUCUGAUCGUUGGACUGCUCCGAGUCUUCACUGAAAUAAUCCAACCGCUUUCAAAACAAACACUUAUUUAUCGGAUCACUGUAUAAAAAAAACAACUUUUCAAAGUCG